AAAAUUGGUGAAAGAAAAAACUGAGGCUGUGAAAUGCCAUCUAAUACAGAAGCAGAUUCUUUGUUGAGCAGUAGUGGGAUGUUUCAAUCCAGUGCCUGUGCGUUUUGCCAAUCCGGGCUGUCGCUUUAAGACAACAAUAGCUUUGUGUCUGAUUAAUUCAAUGUACAGUGACGCGUUAGUGGAGACGCAUCCACACACAGGAGAUAUACUGUGGUCUGUGCGUUGCAAGAGAAUAGGGUUUACUUAAAGAAGAAAAGAUCAACCUUAAGUUAAAUACACCCACGGUCGAACAAUAUUAUUAAGAUGAAGACAUCUUGAGGAUGGGUUGCACGCGUCUGGAAUAAGUCUGCAUCACCUCGCACCAAAGGAGGGACUUUUUACCACCAGUCGGAGUAAAAUACAUCCCAUCAAAGGAGGAGGAGGACAGAAGAUCGGAAGGCAUGUCGUCGGAAAAACACGGACUCGAUGAUUCUGGCCGUCAGACCAUGCAGCCUCCUCCGUACCUCCCUGGCCCACAAGACCCCAAUGUACCCCAACAUCCCAACAUGCCUCCUGCACCAGGCACCCAGCCCAACUACCCUCCUCCACCUCCUCCUCCGGGCUCAGAGGGAUACCUCCAAGAAACCCAGUUCCACUGCAGCCCAAUGGGACCUCCUGCGACCCCACAGGGCUACACCGUCCAGACCCAGGGCCCUGGAGGCACAAUGCCUCAUCCACCUGUAGGAUACCUCCACCCAGGCUACCCGCUUCAGCUGCAGCCUUGCACAGCUUAUGUACCUGUGUACCCCAUGGCAUCGGGUCAGCCUUACAUGCCAGCUGGGGGAGCCCACACAGCCAUCCCACCAGGCCAGAUUCCUCCAAUGCAAAUGUCACCCAACAUCACCCUAAUGGAUCGUCGACCGCCACAUGACUACCUGCCCAUCGCCGUGCUCACCACCGUCUGCUGCUUCUGGCCAACAGGCAUCAUUGCCAUCAUCAAAGCAGUGCAGGUGCGUACGGCAAUAGCCAGAGGGGACAUGGUGACAGCAGAAAUAGCCUCCCGUGAGGCACGCAACUUCUCCUUCAUCAGCUUGGCUGUUGGCAUUGCCUCCAUUGUGCUGUGCACCAUCCUCACCGUGGUAGUCAUCAUCGCCUCACAGCACCAUGACGACGACUGGGAGCCGUAACUUCACGCAGAUGGGAAAUCGUGGCACAUAUUUGCUAGCUAGCUACUCUCAAUCGUUUGCAGGAAAUAGGAUCACUGACACUCAAACUGCUACUGCUUUCUGAACCUCUGUGUAUAGCUACACACACACAGUUUUGAUCUAACUUGCUGCCUAUAGACACAUAUUGACAACCAAAAGCAGCCAAUCAUAGCUGAUUUUCAAAUGCCAAAUAUACACAGCUGUCAAAUGAGGCCAGGUAUUGCUGCUAGCACAGCGACCGCUUCAUAUUUAUCCUCAGAUAUGACCUGCAGGAGCCAAACAAAGUUCCUGGCAUUAACAAUUCAUUUGACACUGAUUAAUUUGUAUAGCCUUCGCUAGAGGAGAGAAUAGUAUUUAACAACAAAACUGACACUCACAGUAGCUGAAAUUAAAGACACCUCAUUCAAAGAAUUUUUAUUAGGACAGAAAAAUGCACAUUUCAGUCAUACAAGUACAAAUUUUCUUUAAAAACAAAAACAGUGCCAUGCUGAAACUGUUGAUUUAGUGAGUAGUAUUAUUGCCGAUACACAGACUGUCAGACUGAUAUAGGGUGAUCAGUGCACAUUUAACACACCAAAUGGAGCCUGGAUGAACAAAGUGAGUGUCUAACCAAACAGAGUAUUAUUUGAAAUGGGUUGUUUGUAUGUUACAUGAACAUUUUAGCUGGAUGAAAUGAUAAAAUAACUUGUGAACUAUAUGUUUCUUAACUUAUUUAAAAACUAUUAUUUAUUACUUUAUUCAAUAUCUACCCAUGCUUUGAAUUUGUCUGCUAUGAUUUACGGUAUUCGGUAAUUUACUGCAGCUGACACUUUGAAUUGGCUGAAAUUUGAUAUCUUACGAUGAUUAUAUUGCACUUUGUAACCAGAUGAGAUGAUGCAGAUGCUUACAUUCAUAGUUCUUAUAGUGCAUGAUAAAUAUAAAAUUGGGCUUGUAGUGCAAAAACGGCUUGUCUCGCAGGUGUGGGGACUCUUCCUAAAAUUGAUAUUAGUGUGUGGUGCAGUAUUUUUCAAAAUGUUGAACUGUCAAAACAAAAAAGGAGGAAAAUUAGAUAAGUAUUUCAAACUUUUGCAGUAUUGUUUUUUUUCAAGUAUUUUAGGAGUGUAUUGGCCUAUUUUGUGUUGCACAUCUCUUAGAUAUUUAAUCUCAGACACUGUAUAUGAAACUAUAGUACAGCGAUAGACUUAGGAGGCAGCAUUAUCCUGCAUGUCAUCCACAGUUUGUUUCCAUUUUGUCCUUAAUAUUGAGGCUAGAUGUGCAGCUGUGAGCUCCUGUGACGCUGUUUCCCUGUUGUUCUGCAGCCAGUUGGAUUUCCCCCAUAUGAGUACGGUGUCCAUAAUGUAGCGGAGCCCUUAGCAGCAGAUGUGCUGUUGUUUGUAUGAGCCAACACAGUUAUAACUACUAUGGGAGGUUGCCGGAGUUACAGGGCCUCUGAAAAUGAAUGUUUCCAAUAGGUAAAAGAGAUGGUAUUGCCUAUAUUGUAUUGUAGCACUUUCUGCUCAUAUAUGAAAUCUUUUCUCCGCUCCCCUUUGUUUCUCUUUUUCUUUCUCCUGCUCAUAUGGGUUGUUGGACUUAUUACUGCUUCUUCUUUCCCUCUGGUGGGCCUGGUGUUUUAAAAAGAAUUAUACAGAGAUAUUACAGAUUUUGAAGAAAAUGUUUGAGCACAAAUAUAGACCUUAUAAAUACAAUUUGUGCCAUAGUAUAUUUCAUUGAUGUACAAUAUUAAGUACAGUGGACCUGUAUUGAUCAAACUUCUAUAAAUUACAUGUAAGAAUGAGAAAAAUGCAAACAUAACAUGCCUUACUGGGGCCAUGUAGUUAAUCUGUUUCAUCUAUUCUAAUCUGUUUUACUCACUGUUGUAUUUUACUACAAAAAAAUAGCAAUUACCAUGUUAAGUAUGGACAAUCUGAUAUUGUUAUAUUGUGUUUACAGUAGUGAAUAGGAACAUUUGGAACAAAAGGAAAACCAAACUGCAAAGGGGAGGAAGGAACCGUAACUAGACUAUGGCUACCCUAUUAUUUUUAUCGCUUCUCCUAGCAAAUUCCCCAUGAUCAAUGAUAUUUCUUCAGACUUGGCUUUACACCUGUACUGUUGACCUCCAGAGCAAUCACAUUUUAAAGCAUUUUAAGUGAAAAUAAGUUUCAUAAAUGGAUUUUAUUAUUAGAGUAACAGUUUGUUAUUUUAGGAACAAUUUUUUUUAUUAGCUUUCUUGUAGAGAGUUAAAUAAAAAAGAUACCAGUAUGAAGCUGAAAUCAGGAUUGUUAGCUUAACAUGGUAGCUGGAGACAGGGACACAGCUAGCCUGCCAGAUAAUAAAAUAUGUCUCCUAGCAACUCGAAAUGGUUGUUUUUACACUUUGGCCUUUGUACAGAUUUUAAAGAGAGAGAUGUAACAUUCAUUUGUAUAUUUUAGAGGUGCAUUUAAGUGGAUCUUUGGACAGGGCCAGUUUCCAGUCUUUGCACCAAGCUAAGCCACGAUAACUUGCCGCUGACUGUAGCUUCAUAUUUAUCAGAAAGACAGGAGAAUGCUAUCAGCUUUCUCAUCUAACUAGAACACAAAUAAAUAAAAAGGUGUCCCAAAAUGUUUUUCUUCUAGUGUGUAAGUUGCAGUAAAGGUGGAUUUUCUUACCAUUAUUUUACAUGUAAGUGCAUGAUUUCACUUUUAGCAGUUUGAUAAAUACAGGCUUUGACUUUACAUAAUUGACACAGUGAUAUUUCAGUGUUAAAAGAGUAAAUGAAGCACAUUGUUGGUCAGUAUUGUUAUUGUACAGAAGGCUCUGACAGUGAGUGUGUGUUUACUGAACAGAGACUCUUAGCAUAUCUAAUUUUUAGGGCGUGAGGCUGCAUCUCCCUGUAUGCUUUCUGAUAGGACUCCUCCAUGCUCAGCAACACAAACCGUAGCUGUUUGCUAUACAGCUGCUAGAUUGUUUUUCUUCAUUUUCUUUCCAUAUUUCAUUUUGGUUUUGAGCUUGUACAGUAAAUACGACCAGUUGCUUGUUCAAAAAGCCAAAAAUUACCAGUGUACACGUGGUUCUCUUGGGGUUUACUAUUAUAACUAUGUUCAUAGCUGUAUUGCACAUGCAUUGGUUGUUUCUGACUUCAGUUGUUUGAGUAAUGAAUAAAAGAAUUUAAUUCAGGGUUGUGAAUGA